AUGGAUCGACAUGGCGAGUGUAGAUCGAGAGAGUUUCUCGACCCUUUGCGCGGCCCAGGGAAAACAAUGGGCAAGAAGCAUAGCACCCCGCUACAGGCAUGGGCGUGGUUGCGCUACUGUGACGCGGUCACCGGCCUGUGUGACGCAAAAACGGUGAGGCUACCGCCUGCCUACGCUGCUGCUGCCACUGCCACGGCCACGGCCAACGGGUUCCUGCGCUGCACGAUCCCCAUCGACGAUUCCACCGUCACCUGUUCUUCCUGUCCCGGCCGGGCUCUAGUGUUUGAAGGGCUGGCUGGCCGCUUUUGUCUAGCGGUUCUUCAGGCGUCUGGUCCCAGCACCGUCAAGCCUGCCUGGACGUCGUCCAGGACACCGACGGUACCUAGGUUAGGUCAGAUCGUUUGGUGGUCGGCAACCAGGACCAGUGGGUUGUGGGUACCUGGCGCCCUGGCCAGAGCCCAGAACUCCCAGGGCCAGCCUACGCCCGCCAGCAGCACAAAAGUCUGGACCCUGGCCGGCCGCUCAUCAGUGCAUUUUGGUCUCCGGUUGAUGGUCCCCGUGCAGGAGGGCAGGCCCCAUCUUCCCAGCGGCGGCAUGCAACAUGGGCCUGGGUGUGGCGAUGGCGAGUACUUUGGAAGGAUCGAAGCUUUAGGAUCAUCCGUUGUCCUGGGCUCUUCACGUGGUGCGGGGCCUCUUAACUGCCAAUCCAAUACCAACUUGGGUAAAGUACAGACGCUGGCAGGCGGCGAGGGUUUCGACAAACAGCCGCCCGGCGCCCCUUGGCUGAUGGGCCGGCGAUCUUGCCUAUCUGCCCGCGAACACCCUUGUCCGCAGCAGCAACGUCGCCCUUGUUGUAACUCUACGAUACCACUGAUGGUCCUUGGAACUGGGCUGCACGUGCACCAAGACAUCUCGCACGACGAUCUCACUACCUCCCCCCUCAAAGCCCGCUACAUUCCCAGGCUCCUGCUGGCGUCCGCAAGGGUCGGAAAGGGAGCUCUGCUGCAAAUCGGCCGUCACUGA